AUGGAACGCUUCUUAAAAUUUAACGGUGUCGGUGAAGUAGAACUUCUUGUGACAGAGUUCGACCGGGAAGAACUUCUAUGGCUAUUAAAAAAAAACUACGAUGCUCAAGAACAAUAUAACUUGAUUCAUAACCCCGUUCACUCCGGUGCUAGAGUUUAUUUCAUAAGGAACCCUGAUGCCAUUGAUGAGUACAAGAAGCAUUUGGAACAGAAGAAAACUCGAACAUCGAGACAGCAGAACCUCAAAAAGAAAAUUCAGGAAUUCAGAAGAAAAGAAAAUUCAGGAAUUAUGUUCCGAAUACCCGAAGAAACUGACGAAGAACCUCUGACUGAAGGAAAACUACCCGUGGAAUCUAUGGAAAUACAUAAUGAGAAGGCACAUCAAAACGUGCGAGCCAAUAAUGAUUUUAGACAUGAAAAAUCUGAUUUCGAUACAAAUAAUGAUAGCGGGCGUGAACGAAAACGGGAUUCAAAUAUCCUAAGUAAAGCUUAA